AUGCAAUUCUCCACCGUCGCUUUAAUCGCUGCUGCCGCCGCCGUUGUUUCCGCUGAUACCGUCGUUGUCACUGCCACCAACGAAUCCACCACCGUUGUCUCCGUCAUUGACUCCUCAUGUGAAGCCUUAGGUACUGCUUGUCCUUUACACCAAACUGAAUCUGUCCCAGCUGUCCCAACUUCAAUCUCCAAUGCCACAGUUUCAACUUCCAAUUCCACCCAAAACGUUUCUACUUACGAAGCUGGUGCCGUUAAGCCAUUGGCUGCUGGUGCCGUUGCUUUAUUUGCUGGACAUAUCGCGUACUUACUAAACAAACCUCAGAAUUCGCGUCAAGUUGGCUCUUCUUUGAAGCAUAGUGAUAUGAUAAUAAACACAUUGAAUGCUGAAUUGGAUACAGAAUCUGAGAUGUAUAUAGAUCGGUCUACAUUACCUUGGUGGCGUGUACUUCUGAGCUCAGGAAAAAUCUCGCCAAGAGAAAGCUCCAAGGGACAAUAUAUUCAAGCUGAUAAAUUACGAGAAGAAGAUGUACAUGUACUGGAUGCUCUAAUUGUAGAUCUAGACGAAUAUGGCUGGUUUCCUGAAGAAGUAGAAUUCUGA